CCUUUCUAAACGUUGUAACGGUAACAAACCAUCAAUAUUCUGAAAAUUGAAGUUUCUGCUCAGAGAAAAAAAUGAAGAUCAACAUCUUCUUCUCAAACUAUCAAUCAAUCACUACAACGAAAAACUCCUACUUUCUCUUGAUUUCAUGAACCCAUUUCUGAAUCACUCGAUGCACAAUGGGAGUCGGAGGCCAUUUCUGGGAUUUACUGAAACCUAACGCUCGAACUGAGGGCUUUGAUUUCCUCAGGAACAAGCGGGUCGCCGUAGACCUUUCUUUCUGGAUAGUCCAGCACGAGACCGCCAUUAAAUCCACUUCUCGAAGCCCCCAUUUGAGGCUCACAUUCUUCCGCACCAUCACUCUCUUUGCCAAGUUUGGUGCGUUUCCUGUGUUUGUAGUUGAUGGAACUCCUUCACCCUUGAAAUCCAAGGCGAGGAUUGCCAGGUUUUUCCGGUUAUCUGGUAUUGACACUUCUGAUCUACCAAAGGUUGAAGAUCGUAUUUCAGUUCACAGAAAUCGCAAGUUUGCAAAAUGUGUUAAAGAAUGUGUGGAACUGCUUGAGCUAUUUGGGGUGCCCGUUUUAGAAGCCAAGGGUGAAGCUGAAGCUCUAUGUGCUGAGUUGAACCAAAAAGGCUUUGUGGAUGCCUGCAUCACAGCUGACAGUGAUGCCUUUUUGUUUGGUGCCAAAUGUGUAAUUAAAAGCAUCCAUCCCAAUUCAAAAGAACCACUUGAAUGCUACUUCAUGUCAGAUAUUGAAGCUGCUCUUGGGUUGAAUAGGAACCACUUAAUAGCAAUCUCUCUCCUGGUUGGAAAUGACCACGACUUAAAUGGCGUGCAAGGAGUUGGAUUGGAUACCGCUGUUCGUUUCGUCCAAGAUUACACGGAUGAUCAGAUUUUAAAUAAAUUGUAUGAAAUAGGCAAUGAGGAUACUACAGCGCUUCAAAGUGGUUUUGAAUUGGUAAAUAACUAUGGACAAUCGUCGGAAACGGACUCAAGAAAGAUCAAGUGUUCUCACUGUUCCUUCUGUGGUCAUCCAGGCAGCAAAAGAGCCCACGUUAAGUUCCCUUGUGAAUACUGUGAUGUGAGUCAUGGCGAAGGUUGUAUCAAAAAGCCUGAUGGAUUUAAAUGCAAUUGUUCCUCAUGUGAUACGGAUCGAGAAGAAAAAGAGAAAAAGAAGCAAGAAAAUUGGCGAUUAAGAGUUUGCAACAAGAUUGCUAUGGAGCCAAAUUUUCCCAGUAGUGAACUUAUUCAGAUGUACCAGUGUGACAAUCACAGUUAUUUUAGUGAUGAUGACCUUGUCUUAUCCUGGGGAAGCCCAAGAACUGAAUUGUUAGUUGAUUUUUUAGUUUUUCAUCUACAGUGGGAGCCAUCGUACAUUCGUCAGAGGAUGCUUCCCAUGCUAUCCACCAUUUUUCUCAGAGAAAUGGCUAAUAAUCCAAUUCAAACUUUGCUUUUCGGCCAGUACGAGUUUGAUUCUAUACUUAGAGAGAAAAUAAGAUUUGGACAUUCCUUUUAUGUUGUCAAAUGGAAAAAGGCCGUCCCUGCAAUUAGCAACGUUAUGUAUGAAGACUCUUUGGGGGAAUUUGGCACUGGGCCAGAAGAUGCCAUUGAUGUCGAUGAAGCAGUGGAUUUGACAGAUGAAUUUGAUUCUCCUAAAAUUCAUAUUCAAGAUGGAUGCUCGUUUCUAUUGACUGACGAGAAUAUGGAGCUUGUUGGCGCUGCUUAUCCUGAACAGGCUGCCAAAUUUUUGCAGGAAAAGGAAAUGAAAAGGCAGAAGACCCCAAGCACCCCGGCUUGUGGGACUAGCGGAAAGUCUGAUUCAUCGAAAGCAAAAGGUGUCCAGUUAAGUAUUACUGAGUUCUACCGUGCAACAAAAACACAACAACAAACAGCAGAUACAACAGAUUCAACAAAUGAGGACGAGGAGACGAGCACGGGAAAGAGGAGAGCAUCAAGUUCUUCCACUCUUUCGAAGUCAGUAAGGCGUCGCCUUUUGUUUGACUAGAGCUCAGCUAUUGUGUGCACUCCGAUGAUUAUGGGAGUGCAAAUCCUAUAGUUUAGAACAUAUGUAUAAAGUUCGUUUUUGCUUAAGCGCUCUUUGAUUGAGCUGCUGUGUUUGUUGUGCCCUCUGAUUAUGGAGUGCAAAUUCUAUAGUUUUAGAAUAUGUGUACAAUUAUAUUUUUUUGGCUGAUCUAGAUAUUUUGAGCUUUUCUCUUGUUUAGGCA